AUGUCUCCGCCAAAGAGAUCCCUCGAAGGGACACGUCUAGAAACCCCUCUUGGAAACAGUGGAGAAGAAGCAAGAGCACCCCAUAACCCACCACGACCAGAUGAUGAUCUACCAAGCAAUAUUUGCGAUUCGAAGCAACUUGUGUUUGUUCCCCAGGAGUGUUUGAGUGGGAAUCAUGAGAGACCAUUGUUGCACGUGGAUGCUUCAGGUCGCAAGUCGACGUACUCUCUCCAACCAAUGCAGUAUUCUGUCAUGUUUAUCUUGAUGGUGGAGUUGUUGGAACGAUUUUCCUACUAUGGCUACUGUUAUACAUUGACUCUAUACCUCACGGGUGCCUACAAUGAGGAUUGGAAUGCUGGGUUCGAAUCUGUCAAGGCUGCUUCGUUUGUAUCUUUGUCAACUAUGGUUGCUUACACGACACCCUUUAUUGGAGCCAUCCUGGCGGAUUCCGUUUUGGGAGACUACAGAUCCAUACUUUUUGGACUCUUGUGCUUUUAUGUGCCUGGUGUGUCCAUUUUCACCCUGACAUCAGUUCCUGGAUUUUUUGGAGAAGAAUUCAAUGAAUCCCUCUUGUUACUUUCUUUGGUUGUAUUGUGGCCUCUUGGUACUGGCAUUGUAAAGUCCAUCGUGAACGUCUUCGGAGCAAAACAAUUCCAUCCCUUGCUUCAGUCAUCCCUCAUUGAGGCCUACUAUGUCAAAUUUUACAUGGCGAUCAACAUUGGCUCUAUGGUGGGGAUUUGCUCCAUUCCAAUUCUGGCCCAGCACAAUGUGACCAUGGCCUACUGCGUACCAUUAUGUCUUUUGUUGUUUGGUGCGACGGUGUUUAUUUCGGGAACUCCGCGCUAUGUUCGAGCACCACCCAGUGGUAAUCUAUUUCGCAGGAAAAGGGUCAGAAAGACUGCUCAAUCCAUCCCCCUUUCCAGUAUCUUUCGGAUUUGUCUUUUGAUCGUGCCCUUUAGUACUGGAUACAAUCAGAUGCCAACGACCUUCAUCGUCCAGGGUGCUGUCAUGACAAAGGCAUUUGGUUUUAUUGAUGUUGCAAGUAUGAAUAGUUUGGACGCUAUUUCGGUGCUUUUCUUUGGUUCCAUCACGUCAACAUACAUUUAUCCCUACCUCGCAUCCCGAGGCAUCAAACUACCGACUACGUACAAAUUUGCCAUUGGAUCUGGACUGGGGGCUCUUGGCAUGUGUUGGGCCCUCGUUGUGGAGAGAAUGAUUCACGCUGCAUAUGAAAAGGACGGUAGUCAAAUAUGUGUUUUGUGGCAAGCGCCCGCCUACAUCCUCAUCGGAUGGGGGGAGAUUUUUGCAGUUUCGGCUGCCUACGAGGUCGCAUUCAAAGCUUCCAGUCCCGACAAGAAGGCUUUGGCCAGCGCGACAAACAUUUUCUGUGUGGGAGGACUUCCAAACAUAUUAUGUAUCAUGUUGUAUCAUUUCUGCAGUCCUUGGUUCGAGAACUCUCAUGGCACAACUGCGAUCGGACACAUUGAUGAAUAUGCAACUGCAAAGAUCGGCAAUUACUUCUGUGUCCUUCUUGGUGUCAUGCUGUUUGGAGUAGGGCUCAAUCUUCUACCUUCCGUUCGUGACUUUGUGGACGGUAUUGAGAACCAAUCGGUGGACAUCCUCAAGACACCGAUAGUCCAGAAAGGACGGGGCCGUAGGAACGGUGGAACCGAUGAGAAUACAGCAUUGUUAACACCCGGUUCGAAGAGAUAUCAAGAUUACAUGAAGUUUGGCGACACUCCUGUUCUAUACAAAAUGGGAUCGAUGCGUGCUGGAGCUUCGUUGAGCAACAGUGAUAUCGGGCAUACUAAGCCGAUGAAAUAUAAAUAUGUGCCCAAGAUCUAUCAGAGUGUGGGAGAGUUGGGAGAUGAUGGGAAGCCAAUCAAGGACAGUGGUGCUGUGAAAGGGAAGCAAAAGAACGAUCUUGGGCGACUGAAUUCCACAUGA